CUUACCGUCGCGAGUCCUCACCUUUCCAUCCGCCAUGAGGCAAGUCUCCGUCUUCCUCGUGGCGAUAGCCUUGGCCUCCGCCGGUACCAUCGAAGCCAUGGGAGACAUCAUGGGAAUGGCUACCAUGGCGAAGGAAGAUCUCAAGGCAGCUGCACCGAGGAGAAGCCGCUUCCUGGCGGCGAGAGAUCCCAAGGGAAAGAAAUGUGACAUCGAUCCGCAAGUCUGUUUGAGCGCCACGACCCCGGGAUCAACCUGCUGCGAUAGCCAGUGCGUUGAUACGGACACCGACGCCUUCAACUGCGGCAAGUGCGGCGAGGUUUGCAAGUUCACACAAUCCUGCUGCGGCGGGAAGUGCGUGGACUUGGCAUUCGACAAGAGGCAUUGCGGGAAAUGCUUCAACAGCUGCAAGAGGCACUGCUUCUACGGGUUAUGCGAUUAUGCUUAAAAAAAACAAUACCUGCAACAUGAUCAUUUAUUCGUUCUGAAAGCAAUGAGGCUGUUCCUACGAUCGCUUGAAUUCUUUGUCGAGCUCCAUGUAAACUCAAAAACGCUGGAUACGUACAUGUAGUAUAUAUAUAUAUUCAUGUAUAUUUAACCAUUCCGAUGUACUUGAGAUUAUCUUAUAAAGCCUAAUAUACCACAU